GCUGCUAGUCAUGGCCUCCUCCCUGUCAGUCCUGGUGAUGAUCCUGUGCCUAGCGGCGUCGGCCUCGGCGCAACUGUCGCCGACAUUCUACUCCAGGUCGUGCCCCCGAGCCCUGGCCACCAUCAGGGCCGCCGUGUCGGCCGCGGUGGCACAGGAGCCUCGCAUGGGGGCCUCCCUGCUCAGGCUCCACUUCCAUGACUGCUUUGUCCAAGGCUGUGACGCGUCAGUGUUGCUGAACGACACGGCCACCUUCACCGGCGAGCAGACUGCGUUCCCGAAUGUGGGAUCGAUCAGAGGCUUCACCGUGGUGGACAACAUCAAGGCGCAAGUCGAGGCCGUGUGCCCUCGGACCGUCUCCUGCGCCGACAUCCUCGCCGUCGCCGCCCGCGACUCCGCCGUAGCGUUAGGAGGGCCUUCAUGGAGGGUUCUCCUCGGGAGGAGGGACUCGACGACCGCGAACUUAUCUCUGGCCAACAGCGACCUGCCAGCUCCGACCUUGGAUCUCGCCAAUCUCACCGCCGCAUUCGCCAGGAAGGGCCUUAGCAGAACCGACCUGGUUGCUCUCUCAGGGGCGCACACGAUUGGGCAGGCGCAGUGCCUGAAUUUCCGGGGUCACAUCUACAACGACACCAACGUGAACCCGGCCUUCGCGACGCUGCGCCGGGCCAACUGCCCCGCGGCGGCCGGCAACGGCGACGGCAACCUGGCGCCGCUGGACACCACGACGAGCACCGUGUUCGACAACGCCUACUACACCAACCUGCUGGCGCAGAGCGGGCUCCUGCACUCGGACCAGCAGCUGUUCAACGGCGGCGCCACGGACGGCCUGGUGCGCACCUACGCGUCCACCCCGACACGGUUCAACAGGGACUUCGGCGCGGCCAUGAUCAGGAUGGGGAACCUCAGCCCGCCCCCCGGGUCGCAGAGCCAGAUCAGGGUCGCCUGCUCAAGGGUAAACUAGCUAGCAAGCUAGCUAGGACACUGUCAACUGUGGUAGCAGUGCUCGGGGCUGUACUGAUGAUGGUUCAUGCACAGGAUCAGAACAGCCCUUUCUUAAUUUGCUCAUCAACAUCAUGUAGUGUGUGAAAAUAAACGACGACCGAGAAAGUGGCGUGUAACCUACCCAUGUCGAUCAUGUACUCCAUCUGGAACUUUGUGAGUGGCCCUCAUGCAAAUGCUUGUGGGACCCAUUGUUCCAUUGCCCAAUCAUGUUGCAGUUGCAGCAGUGUUACAGUUGAAAAUGCCAUGGUGGCAGGUUCAUUCUAUC